UGGAGGACGGGAGAGAAGGUAGAGCCUGUUGCUCUCUCCUUCGACAGAGCGCGGUAGGGGAACCGCUUGUCUGUUGUUCUGCAAUAUUACCAGAAAAAGUUGUCGGCUCAUAAACUUUUUGGACCAAUUUCUGGAGACCUAAAGAAAACGUUACCGUAGUUUUGAGACUAAACUUACCUAUAGUAACAGCGUAACCUACCGAUGAUUUCGUUUUCCACAUUGAGGAUUGGAUUACAAGAGAAACUAGCUCUUUGUAGCUGGGAUGUAGGGUUAUAAUAUAUUGAAAAUCGUAUUUUGGAAGUUUUUACAUUCUAAGCGCUAAAUAUACGAAAGUAUAAAUAUGAAAGUUUCGGUUGACGUUUCGGGGGAUGACAAGCAUUGCUUGUGACAUGUGAUUUAGACAACGUUCAAAGGGAUUAAACAAUUGACAUUUAGGAAAAGAAAAGAAAAUGGAAAGCGAAUUGAAACCGCGGCUUUGUGUCAUGCUAAAAGGAGAAAAUGGAUAUGGGUUUCAUUUGCACGGCGAGAAGGGUAAGAGUGGGCAGUAUAUUCGCAAAGUGGAGCCUGAUUCUCCAGCUGAAGCCUCCGGGCUGCGCGCAGGGGACCGAGUCGUGGAGGUGAACGGCGAGAGCGUGGAAAAAGAAACGCACCACCAAGUGGUGCAGAGGAUCAAGGCGGUGGAGCAGGAGACGAGGCUGCUGGUGGUGGAUCGGGACACGGAUGAGUACCUGCGGAGCCUGAGGCUGACCUGCACGGAGGACAUGGCAGUCCAAGGGAAGGCCGAAUACCCAGCCUCCACGCCCAGCAAGGGGGAGAACGGCUCCGUCUCCAAGCCUCCCAGGACCCCUUCCCCCAAACUCCCCCGGACCCCCUCCCCCAAGCUCCCAAGGACCCCCUCCCCCAAGGUCGCCAGGACACCCUCCCCCGAGCGCCCCAAGCCAACCAAGAGGUCGCCCUCGCGUGCGGAAAAGAAGGUAGGCGCCCUCGCCCCCCCCAAAGGCAUCGCCAUGGGGUAG